AUGUCCCCCAAGGCCCGUGACGGAGGGCCGUAUGGCGCCGUAGAGCAGGCGAGAGGCCCUAGUCCAGUAGGCAGAGACGAGAGCUUGGAGGCAUCGGCAGCGCUGCGGCCUGAUUCCCGACGUAGUCCGUCGAGCGAAGCCACGUCGCGGUCACAGGCCAGGAGUCCGGUUUCCAUGUCCAGUGAUGGCUCUCCGAAGGAAGUCAGGUCACAACCAAGACCCAGCCCGGCACCGACGACGGCAAUUUCGUCAUCGGGCCAGACGGGCCAGGGAACGACGAUAUGCAACGCCUGCGGCCUGUAUCAGAAGGCAAGAAACGCCUCGCGGCCGACUAACCUGAAGAAGCCCCCGCAUCUCGUUGCCGCAUCGCCGAGAACUGCUCCCCCGAAAAUCGCACCCGCGCCAGGCCCAGGUCCGAAAUAUCUUAGCGCCCCUGCUCCGACGUACGUCACCGAAGAACAGCAGCCGUCAGGCACUUGCCCAGGUGGUGGGAAAUGCAACGGUACGGGCGGUGCCGAGGGCUGCAGCGGCUGUCCUGCCUACAACAACCGCGUGUCAAAGUCUGCUCACCUGAAUGUCGGUCAGGGGCAAGGUUGUGGCGGCGGAUCUUCCAGCCAAUCUGCGGGUGAAUCGAUGGCUGUGGAUGACCCUGCAGCUCCGGUCGACAUUGCUGCAUUGCAAAUCCAGGGGCAGAACUCGAACCAGACGGUUGUGAUUGCUUGCCAAAACUGCGGCACCACCAUCACUCCGCUAUGGAGACGAGACGAAAGUGGCCACACGAUCUGCAAUGCCUGCGGCCUUUACUACAAACUUCACGGGGUUCACCGACCUGUGACAAUGAAGAAGUCGAUCAUCAAGAGACGUAAAAGGGUUAUUCCUUCUUCGUUUGGUGGCGAGUGGACCGAAGAGAUGCUCGAGGGAUCCGAAACGCAGAGUCAGGCGCCAGAGGGCAGUCCCGAGAGGGGCACCAUGAACGAGGACGGAUCCAUCAACCUGGGUUUCCGACGUCGUGAGGAGAAGACUAUGGCCAUGCUCCCGGAUCCCAACCUGCGUCAGAACCGACAAGGCUCGCCGCUGCCGUCCCACGAUUUGGCCGCUUACCAGUCAUCGAGUUCGCGGACUUCGCAUCCUUAUCCGGGAUCGCUCAACGAUGACAACCGACUCGCUCCGAUUACGUCGUUGACCGCCGCCGGCGAACGGCAAUCCUCCCUGUCUCCCGCUUCUUUCCUCUCUCCGUCUAGGAAACGGUCGCUGUCUGCCGAGGGAAACGCGCCAGGGGAUGGUGGACCGGAUACGGCGAAAAGGUUGUCGUCCAUCAAGUCGAUCCUCAACCCAACCAGCGCAGAUGACAGCCCUGCAUACCACUCAGGCAGCGACGACGCUGCGGAGCACUACGCGCGGUCUGCCAUGUCUCCCGCCGCGUCCGCGCCGAGCCCCGGUUCGUAUUCCAAUACGCACCUGACUCCUCUCCCAUCUCCCGGGCCGAGUAGUCAGACAAGCAACCCGGGUUACAGGCCGGAGACCGAGAGGGUCAAGGCAGAGAAAAGAGCGGCGCUGGUUCGAGAAGCAGAAAGGAUGAGGGAGAUGUUGGCGGCGAAGGAGAGGGAGUUGGCGGAACUGGGCAACGAAUGA